GUGAAAGAGAGUGGAGAUGGAGUAAGAGAGUGAAGGAGGGUGAAGAGAGUGAAAGAAAACAGGAGAGUUGGAGAGUGGUCAAGUGAGUGGCAGGGUGGGAGAGUGAAAGUAUUAGAAUACAUAUACAUAUAUGUGUAUUUUACAUAAAGUCAGUUGGAAAUUUCAGGGCGGCAUUUAGCAAAAUAGAAGAGCAGCAGGUGAUAGCGUAGUGAUAUUGACAUCACCUCCGAUCUCAUAGAUCAAGAGAUCAAUUUCCCCCUUCCUUAUAAGGAACUUCAUCUUACCUUUAAAAAAAAAUUAAAGCAAACCAAAAAAAAAGUAAUGCAAGAAAAAAAAAAUUAUAAACUUGAACCCACACUAAACCAAAAAAAAAUCUUCUCCAGUAUUCUUCUUCAAGGACAUACCACCCGCCAUAUUUACGUGGUCCGUUUCCACCCUCAAAUCCCCUCUCUCUCUCUCUUAAAUUUCCCUCUCCUUUCUUCCCUGACACGUCAAACUCCUUUUUCCACACUCUCUCUUUCUCUCAACAUUUUGAUUUUUGCCACAAACUCUCUUUCUCCUCCAACUUCAAGCAACUCACAGAGCGAACGAACAACAAUGGCGGAAACCUCCAUUGGAGAAGGAGCUCUAGUUCCUUUUGUGAAAGCAGAUUCUCCGCAUGAGACCUCCGAUGGCGGAGAAUCAAUCUCCGGCGACAAAGAUUUUCUCUGUCCUAUUUGCAUGCAGAUUAUAAAGGACGCUUUUCUUACUGCUUGCGGCCAUAGCUACUGCUACAUGUGCAUCUUUACUCACCUUCGUAACAAGAGUGAUUGCCCUUGCUGCAGUCGUUUUCUCACUCCUAAGCUUAUUUUCCCUAAUUUUGCCCUCGACAAGAUAUUAAAGAAGAUGUCUAAUUAUCAAUUUGCAAAAAGCGCCUCCUCGAGUGAAAAACUACGCCGGGCACUGCUGCAGGGUUGUGAUGUGUCUGUAAAGGAUCUUGACUGCCUUUUGUCUCAACUUGCGGAAAAGAAAAGAAAGAUGGAGCAAGAGGAGGCUGAGACCAAUUUGCAAGUUCUCCUUGAGUUUUUGGUGUGCUUAAGGAAAAGAAAGUUGGAAGAGCUUAGUCAGAUACAAAAUGAUCUUCAGUACAUCAAAGAGGAUAUAGAAGCUGUUAGAAAACACAAAAUAGAUUUGGGGAAUGUAAACAAGAAUUGUACUGUGAGAUUGAGAUUUAGUGGGGAUGACUCUGAUACAAAGGGUGAUUGUCCGAUAAUACCAAGGCCUGUGGCUGGUAAUUCUGGCACACAACAAUUGAUAUUUUCGGGAAGUCAACAUAAUGGAAGAGAAAAUGUAGGUCCUCUAUGCUCUCAGGAAAUUAUCGAAAAUGAUGGCUGUGCUGGCUCAGAAUCGCAACAGCAGGCUCCAACAGAAAGAUUUACAGCAAGGAAAAGGCAGGUUGAGGCGCAGCUCACUGACCUGCAAGAAUGUUACCUGCAAAAAAGGAGACAUUGGGCCAAGCAGUUACAAGGUGGAGGAAGGGAUCUGAAUAAUAUAAAUAGCUUAGGUUAUCAUGCAGGACUUAGGGAUUUCCAGUCUGUGCUAACUUCCUGUACUCGAUACAGCCAAUUAAGGGUUAUUUCAGAGUUGAGACUUGGCAAUGUUUUUCAGCCUGCCAAUAUUAUUUCCAGCAUAGAAUUUGACAGAGACCACGAAUUGUUUGCAACUGCUGGUGUCUCUAAGCGUAUCAAAAUUUUCGAGUUAUCCUCUGUGAUUGAUGAACCAGCAGAAGUGCACUGUGCUGUUGUUGACAUUGCCACAAGAUCUAAACUAAGUUGUUUGAGUUGGAAUAAGUAUACCAAACAUUGUAUUGCAAGCAGUGACUACGAGGGGAUUGUAACUGUUUGGGAUGUUGCUACUCGUCAGAGUGUUGGAGAAUAUGAGGAGCAUGAAAAACGAGCUUGGAGUGUGGACUUUUCGUGCACUGAACCUUCGCUGUUGGUAUCUGGCGGGGAUGACUGCAAGGUUAAAGUCUGGUGCACCAAACAGGAAAGGAGUGUUCUUAAUAUUGACAUGAAUGCAAAUAUUUGUUCUGUGAAGUGUAAUCCUGGAUCUAGCAUGCAUGUGGCGGUCGGCUCUGCAGAUCAUAAUAUUCACUAUUAUGACUUGAGAAAUAUUACCCAGCCUGUUCAUGUCUUCUCUGGUCACAGAAAAGCUGUUUCAUAUGUUAAAUUCUUGUCUACUAAUGAGCUUGCUUCUGCAUCAACUGAUAGCACAUUGCGCUUGUGGGAUGUCAAGGAAAAUAAGCUGCUUCAGAUAUAUAGAGGCCACAUGAAUGAGAAGAAUUUUGUAGGCCUCACUUCAAACAGCGAGUACCUUUCUUGUGGCAGUGAGACAAACGAAGUCUUUGUUUAUCACAAGGCUAUCUCUAAGCCCGUUGCCCGGUAUAAAUUCAAUACAUCUGAAUUCCAUGAUGCUGAUGAGGAUCGAGGAUCACACUUCAUUAGUGCAGUUUGUUGGAAGAGUGAUGGUAGCCCAGUGAUCAUGGCUGCUAACAGUCAAGGAAAUGUCAAAGUACUUGCUCUUGCUACCUGAGAUAAAUUACAAAGGUAGAUAGGACAUGGUAAAUUUUUGUAACUUCCGUCUAGCUGAAGCCUUUUGUGUAUAUAGUCAUCUCCAAGAGUUUACUGUCCUUGGCAAUAUGAUCAGUCAACCAUAUAACUAUGUGAUUUUCUCCUUUCUCGUAGAAGAGAAUAUGAUCACGUGAAAAAGUUUGGUUCGAUGAAUAUGGUCCUUCUAGCCUGAAAGGCAUUUGGCAUGAAAUGCUGAGAUGUUUUUGAAGCUGUCCGCCAUAUGGUUGGUUUUGAUGCCCAUUAGUGAAGAUUUGUUUUGGUCUACAACAGAGCAAUUUAUUUGAGAAAUCCAGACCGUGCAUGGAAGGUUCGCGAUGAUCAUCACUCCCUGUGUACUCAUCGAUGGUCAUCUCUGUGAAGAUUUUUAAGCAACUUUUUUUUUAUUGCUGCCAUUACUUGCUUAUAACCACUCAGUUAUAUGUGCUGUCCAUUUGGCAUAUCUUCUAAUUCCAUAAUUGAGGAACUGGUUGCUUAUAUCGCGAAUGUUAGAGCUUAGGACUUCGGAGGAAAUGGGUAGCAAAUAUCUAAUUAUGAUUUGGGGGAUCUUUUUUUCUUUUGCUCUUUUUCUCUUUUUCCGGGAGUAAGUUUCCUCAUCUUACAACAUCAAAGUUUCUUCAUUUCAGGGAAUACUUACUGGUUACUUUAACAGUUUACAAGUGUAGAAAAGUGAAGUCUGUUUACUUGUAGAGUUACAGACUUACAGUAAACUUUAAUACUGAAUGUAUUAGAUCUGGUGUAGUAGUAAGUGCCAUGUUAGCUUAAUUUUUGUUUUUU